AUGUAUGAGGAGGGGGAUAUUGGGAGCAAAGAAAUGUUGGUUGGUUCAGACGAUGGGGAGGGCGACAGCAGUGACGACUCCGAAAUGAGUUUCUGCAUUACAGAGAACAACAACCAUGGAACAUGGCUCGCCGGGCCAGGUGGCGCGCGCGAUGGGUCUUCGGGAGAACUCGAGAAGAGAAUGAUUAGCGGGGCAAAAGACAGUGGAGGAAACAAUUCCUAUCCCUCCGAGGGUGGUUUUCACUCUGAAAGUAACCGGUUUGACGAAGGUUUUAAUCCACCAGAGAAAGAUCCACAUGGAGGAGAGAUGCACCCCAAUUCCCAUAGUUCCCAGACAGACAAUGCUCAGUUCCGUGAUCCAUCCGAUCACGAAGGGAAGCACGGACCUUGGUUUGAGGGCCCAGAUCCUUUCGGUGAUAUCAUAGAGGAUGGUAUCCUUUAUGACGGUCCGUAUGAGUCCUCCUCAGACGGACUGGAUUGGAGUGAACACGAGUCGGGGAGCGAAAUAGACUCGUUUCUUGGUGGGAGUCGUAGGAAAAAGGUUAAAAAGCCACAAGGUGAGAGGUUGCCGCCGAGACCUUACACCCAUUACCGCUCUCUUCUUGUCAAUGGGAGAAGGCCCGUGAGAAGAAGGAAUUCCUCUUCAAGCGAAGACAACAUGCCGCAAAGAGAGCUCCCGGAAAAGAAAGAGGCACCAAAGAAAAAGAAAAGAUUUUGGGAAAAGUGGAGGGUUGGUGCAGUUCUCGCACAUGCAGCUAAAACAAAUACUGCUAAGAGUAGUGAGAUUUGA